UNAAAGAAAAGCCUUUAAAUAAACUUGUUCAAGUACCACACUCAUCUGACAGUGAAAAAGAAAGUGAUGAUGAGCAUUUAAAUUUGGUGUUACGAAUGAGAAAUUCAAAUCGUGAACUGAAUGAUAUUCGAUUUGAAUUUCUUUUGGGAAAAGAUACACCCGAUGGUAUUGCUACAGAACUUGUAGGUGCAGGUUUAGUAGAUACACUGGAUGCUGAAGUUAUUGCCAUGAAUUUACGCGUACUGAUUGGAAAUCAGACACAAAACAAACCUGUUACUUUUGCUCUUGUAUCUGGGUGUAAAAAUGAUGAAACACCUGAUGAAAAAAUUCUGGUUGGUUAUGCCCAGCUGUCAUAUGCAGACUGAAAGUAAAGUUACCGAAAUAACUUAAUUUUUUUUUUUUUUUUGUGCCACU